AUCCCUCUCUUCCCUGCCCUUCUUUCUCCUGCAGACAUUUAUGAAAUUCAUGGGCAGUCGGCGUAGAAAGGCCAGGAUCACACCAGCUGAUGUCCAGGCCCAGCCUGACACCAUCCCGACCCAGGUGACAAAUCCUGAUGUCAGCACCGCGUCGACUGCUGUCCCAGCAAAGUGUGACACCACAACCACUGAUCACACAACCCACUGGGACACCACGUCCACCGAUGACGUGUCACACUGUGACUCUGUGCUGCCUGGUCUCACGGAGGAGGCCGACGCCACAACAACGGAGGGCGUGGCGAGCACUGACGCCGCGCCUGUUCAGCGCCUGGCCGAUACCCCCAGCCUGGAGUUUCUUGAGGAGAGAGCUGUCUCUGCUGAAGUAGCCAUAACACCAGACGGAGACAUGCAGCAGAGACCCCCUACGGUGCCCAAGCUGGCCUGGGUGAAGAAGGAGGAGAAGGAGGAAAGCCCUAGGGCUGCUCCAGCACAGCAGCCUGAAGAGGUGCAGCAGGUGCAGCCCCCGCAGGAGGAUGCAGGCCAGGAGCGGACAGAAGAGCAGCUCCGUGCCCGUGGCCGCUUCCACAGGGCAGCACAGCUGGUUUGCAGAUUCAUCAGGUGCAUUUGGCAUGAAGAGGCCACUUUCAUGGCCACUUGGGACACGGCAAACUCGGACCUCUUCAAUGCCCAGACCAGCGCUGCCCUGCUGGAUUUGCUUGUGGAGAACAGUGUCUACAAAGCAAACCUUUGA